GUGGGUUCAGUGUUUGCUCUGGACGGCGCUGCGACGGCUGUUUAUCACGGAACAAAACGUCGAAUCAUCCGUCGCCUCAUCCUGGCGGCCGGUUCACAAUCUCCUACCAGGAGCUGAGAUUUAAAUAGAUUUUUUUUUUAUUAUCGCGAAAUCUGUGCGCCACGACGCGAUACAAAAAGCACUUUUCCUUUUAUUUUUUGGUUUUACGCAUGGAUGGAGGGGCGCAGGUAGACGGGCACAGACGCCGCUGAGGAGCCGCUCUUUGGGAAGUUUUGCAGAGCAACCAAAACAUUGAGAGAAAUGAGUGUUUUCAACCGCCUACUUGUGUCCUCCUUCUGACAGAUGAUGUGCUGAGUGUCGUCCCGCGUCCCCGAGAUCAUGGCGGCCGGCACCCACUCCCCCGGCGGGCCCAAUGGCAUAAUCCGGAGUCAGUCCUUCGCAGGCUUCAGCACGCUACAAGAACGACGCUCACGGUGUAACUCUUUCAUGGGGAACACUGCGGUGCAGAAGAAGCCUCAGUCCAAGCCCAAGAAGCCCCACCUGUCAGGCCACAAGGGAGGCAGCAGCUCCAGAGAGCCGCAGCCCAAAAGACUGGAGGAGGUUUACACGGCUCUCAAACAAGGCCUGGAUGAGUAUCUGGAAGUUCAUCAAACGGAGCUGGACAAACUCAUGUCUCUGAUGAAAGACAUGAAGAGAAACUCUCGCCUGGGAGUGCUGUAUGAUCUUGACAAGCAAAUCAAAACCAUCGAGAGGUACAUGAGACGCCUGGAGUUUCACAUUAGCAAGGUGGACGAGCUGUACGAGGCCUUCUGCAUCCAGAGUCGUCUGAGGGAAGGUGCCAGUCGGAUGAAGCAGGCCUUCUCCUCCUCGCCGUCCACUAAAGGCACCAAAGAGAGCAUCGCCGAGGUCAACCGCCGGUACAAGGAAUACACUGAGAACAUGGGCGCAUUUGAGAGCGAGCUGGAGAACCUGCUCGGGGAGUUUCAUAUCAAAAUGAAAGGUUUGGCAGGCUUUGCUAGACUCUGUCCUGGAGACCAAUAUGAGAUCUUCAUGCGAUAUGGACGCCAGCGGUGGAAGUUGAAGGGGAGGAUUGAAGUGAACUCCAGACAGAGUUGGGAUGGAGAUGAAAUGGUCUUCAUGCCCCUCAUCACUGACCUUAUUAACAUCAAGGUGACGGAGCUGAAGGGUUUGGCCACUCACAUGCUGGUGGGCAGCGUCAUCUGUGAGACCAAGGAGCUGUUUACCGCCAUGCCUCAGGUGGUGGCUGUGGACGUCAACGAUCUGGGGACCAUCAAACUCAACCUGGAGGUUACGUGGUACCCCUUCGACGUCGAGGACCUGACUCUGUCGUCUGGCAACGUGAGCAAAGCCACAGCUCUCCAGAGACGAGUGUCAGUCUAUAGCCAGGGCACACCGGAGACCCCCACCUUCCAGGACACCUCCUUUUUUUCUACUUUACCAGAUGACGUCUUUGAGAACGGCGGCUGUGGUGUGGCCGAGUGCAAGCGUCUAUCCUUCACGUUCUCCGACACCUCUGGUUCUACGCCCAGCCCCAGCCCCGCCCCCAGCUCCUACUCCCCAGGCCAGUCCAACCCCGAGAUCACCGUCACUCCUCCAGAAACAGAGACGGUACCUACACAAAUCCUCCCAACUAGGGAGGACUCCAUCGCAGAGGAACAUCUGGUGGAGGAAGAGGAGGAGGAGUAUGAAGAGGAUGGGGAGACGGGCAGCAGAGGCAGCAGAGGCAGCAGGACCAGUCCCAGCCUCGCCAGUGACGAAGUGGAGGUGACUGAAGACUCGGAGUGGGAGCGCACCGAGUCCCAGCGUAACUCCAGCUCCAACGGCGGCUCGGCUGCACCGUCCUUGUGUUCUGACGGACACCUGUCUACGGUGGCUCCCGAGGAUGUUUUCCUGGAUCAUGCCGACGAGCUGAAACCCGUGGAACUGGACACAGAGGAGGCGGGAAGCCUGACCAAGCAGCUUGUGAAGAGGCUGACUUCCUCCGAAAUUGCGCCGCCCAGUGAGAGCACCAACGAGGGCGGAGGGAGCCUGAGUUGGUCCGGAGAGGGAAGCAGGGCCUUCCUGGAGAGCAGCCUGGAGGAGGCCAUCCACAGCCUGCUGAUGAGACUGGAGGCACUGACGCAUCGCUGCAGAGAGCUGCAGGACCUGGAGCAGGAAGUGAUGCGCCUGGAGGACCUACUCAAGUGUCGUCUCCCGGGUCACAGGAGUCGAUCAUCCAGCCUCAGUCUGACAGUGGAAAGUGCCCUGGAGAGUUUCGACUUCCUCAACACCUCUGACUUUGAUGACGAGGACACUGGUGAUGACAACGCCGUCCUCAGCAUCCCCCCACAGAGAUCUCCGCUUUUUGAUACAGAUGGAGAGAGAAUUGGCGGCCAGCAUCCUGAGGCCAGAGGACACCUGAGUGAAGCCUUGACUGAGGACACUGGAGUGGGCAACAGCGUGGCAGGAAGCCCCCUGCCUCUUACAACUGGAAAUGAAAACCUGGAUGUGGCCAUCGUCAUCCACCUUCAGUACUGUAUUCACCUCAUACAGGUGUUGAGCAGUGGGGUGAGUGUGUGGCAGCGUCGCAGUGUGCUGUUAAAACUGUCCGGACAGACUCAGCUGUUGGAAGACCUAGCAGAGAUCAGCGUGGACAGACUGGGAGCGAUUACAUCUGCUGCUGACGUUCUCCCGGGCCUCGCCGAGCGCCCUCAGCUCAUGACUCUGUGGUCAGAGUGCAGCGGCUCUGCAGGACUUUUCCACACCACGCUGGACCGAGUGUUCAAACACAUGAACCAGCGCUACGCAGCAGUGCUGCAGGACAGACACCCACACAGCACCGACACAGUGAUGGGUGUGGUGGUGGGUGAGAUGGUGGACAGGAGCGACCUGAUGGAGACACGUAGUCCUCCUCCUGCUGCUGCUGCUCUCUCUCAGGACGUCCUGACGGUGUUUCAGUUCCACAGCUACAUCUUACAACAUGAAGUCCAGGACAUGGAGACACACCUGCUGCACCUGGCCAGAGAGGAGGUGUUGGCGGAGGUCCUGUGCAGUGGUGAUAAUGCUCGGUGUCUAGCGGAGCUGGAGGAGGUACCUUUGUCAUCUCUCUGGCCUAGAAACAGCACCCUGAGGUCUCUGGCCUCCCUGCUCACCGCAGAGGACCCUCAGGUCAACAAGGCAGCAGCCGACUACCUCUCCUCCGGAGCAUCUAACAGUCACUUCAGGAACAGGGCGGUGGAGUGCUACACCCAGGCGCUGUCAGAGGCUGGAGUUCAGAGCCAGAGGGCCGCCUGCUCAGCGCUCAGCUGCCUGCAGGCGGUGGAGAGCAUCAGGGCGGUGAUAGCGCUAUGCGAUUCAGCUGAUGAGGAGCUCCGCCACGUCGCCAUAGAAACCCUGCUCACAUUCGGUGAGGAGGGGCGGCUGGCGUACGAGCAGCUGGACACGGUGCCGGGGGAAAUGAUUCGUCUGGGCACGCGACGAGGAAACGCCGUCACCACUGCCUUCUGAGCCACCAUGCCACUGAAAGACACACCAGACUGCAUCCCGGCCCGACUCCGUGGACGACGCUGCCCCCUCAGCUUAAACCGCCACACUGCACACCUCACGGGGCUGUUGGUGGCUGAUCUGUUCACUGAUCUGCUUGUCUGGCAAAGACUUUUUCACAUUUAAUCACUGUUCUCACUGAUACUGCCUCCUGGAGAGAAACUAACACCAAACAAACUGUUUUGGACACACAACCUAGACCCCUCCUGCAUACACACUUUCACUUCUUGUUUCAUCUUCACCCUUGAUUUUGAACACUCCCCUGCAUCCUCUGACUUUCUUACCCUGCUUUCUGAGCCAGGUCACGUUAAGUUAAACUGGAAAGCACGAAUUGGACUGGACACAACGCCGCAGAAAGCUGCUCCAAAGACUGUGGAAACCGAGCAUCUUCACCCUGCAAACAUCCUCUCUGGCCACUGCUCACAGCGCUCAUAUCACUUACUCACUGAUCAAUAAUCAUCUUGAUUGUUACAAUGUCACGCAAUAUUACUAUGAUCUUUGUAUAAUCACUGUAACUCAUGUUUUAAUUGGUGUUUUUUUGCAUUAGAAACGUUUUCUGAGGCUUUCAGAAGAUUUUGCACUGUUGUAAGGCAUGUAAAUAUGGCAUAUUUUACACACAGCCGGUGUAAUAUGUGUGGUUGUAUUCAGAAAUGUAAUUUAAGUUCUGUUUUCUUGUACGUUCCAUUUGAGUUUCAGGGAUCUUGUAUGGUUGAAAGGUGUGUGUUUGUGGCAAGCUUUGGAGGAAGUGAGUUUAGAAAGCCUGAGCAGUUUACAGUCUUCAUGUGAAGAGGAGAAACAAGGUCAGCACAGUGCCCAAGGUUCACUCACUCAGCAGUUAAAGUCUGAGUUUUCUCAUACUUGCAGUUAAACAAGUGCAAUUUUUCUGUACAUAAGUGAUUCUUUUGCACCUGGCUGACACAAGGAGCCUGUUUCAUAUUGUCAGUUUUUGACUUCUUGAGCCUUGAAAUGGAUCGAGCGGGCAGAUGCUCUUUUGUAAAUGCAUUUUUUCCUACCAGAUCAGGAGCCAGUCGAGGGCAAUAAGUUCGGUUGUGGAGUUUGUGAGAAUGCGCUUUCUCAGUGACUGCACAGAGAGAAAGAUCCGCCCGGCUGAGGAUAGAUGCAGCCACAGGUUUGGCUAAACGCUCGUUUGUAUGUCAGCGUGUGAGCUAAAUGCAGGAUUAGAAAUGAAGCUUUUAUUAUGAGAAGCUGCAGAAUGAAGUUUCGGUACGUCUCGGGUCCGCUUUGUUCCCCACAUUCUGACCGUAAUGUGGGAAAACCGGCCCAAGCUGAGCAUCUAACUCCAACUUCUCUCAUUGCAACUGUACUACUGAGUCCGGUGCGAGUGCACGACGACAAAAAUUCACCACAUAUGUUCACAAAUCCUAUUUAUUAUUUCCUCCUUGUAAUUCUAAUAUUCUUUGGAGUUAUACUGUAGUAGUGCAAAUGACAUUGUUAUGUAAAUUAAUUGUAUAUUUAUGUUCUAUUUUCAGGUCUAGUUUUGAAAUAUUGUCUUUCGUUUAAAAAAAAAAAAAAAAAAAAAAAAGGCCUCUGUGUUUUUACCGUGCAACUGAUCUCAUGCUUAAUUGGAAAUUAUUUUGAAUUAAUUAUAACAGAUUAUUAUUUUGGAGAAAGUUAAGAUUUGCUAAUAGAAUUAUAGAUUUUUUUUCCCCUAAAAAGGUCCCCAAAAAAUGGGACAUUUAUAUAUUAGAGAUGUUACUUUAUUACCUAGAAGAUUUACUGUAACCAAAGGAAAUUUUGAUUUUCAAAUUGUCUUAUCAAGGAGAAUGUAUUUUCAAUACAACAUCUGCAUUUUGGCCUGAACACUCAGACCUAUCUUUAGAAGCACAGCUUAAAAAGAUUAACACAAAUCCACAAUAUAUGGAUCUCGUUACAUUUGGUUGUAACUGCACAGUCCAAAAGCCAUAUUGAUUAAAAACAAGUGGUAGUAUUUUUAUGAAAUGUAUUUUUUUUUGUAUUAUAAUCUGUAAAUGUGUGACGUUAUUACUAAAAGCUAAAGAUGGUGUUACUUUUUUUUUCUAUACACCCUUUUUGCAAAACAUGGUCCAGAUUUUAAGCAACACUCACUUUUAUUUCUUCCAUGCUGUGAAUAGCAUUGCAGUAUUUUGAUUGAGUAUCUAAUCCACCCACUCAUUCAGCAUCUUUUCUUUCUUUUUACAACCUUGCAGUUGACCAGUGUUAUAAGUAAAUUCUUGGCCUGUUCGAUUCCUAAUCACCACAAAGUACAAGUUGGCAAAAUGUGCACGUUUAAUUACUUACAGACUGGUUUUAAGAAUAGCUUGGUACACUUUGCUGAAACUGAAAUUUAUCCAUCUCUGUAGUCACCUAGCUUCAGUACUGAUCCAUCUGGUUGCAUACUUCUCCGUUGUGGUUAGCAGUAUUUCUUCUGCUCAUCAAAAGUUGCAAUAAAGUUUAUUUUUGCAUAAUUAAAAUGGAAAAAUUGUG